GCUUGAGAUAAAACAAGUAGUUGAAGGAGGCCAUCAUGUUCCUGGGAUUGUUGAAGCUCGAGUGACCAAUGUGAAUGAAGUAUGGGAAGUCCUUCGGACUGGCAGUAAUGGAAGGGCGGUUGGAUCAACUAAUGCCAAUGAGCACAGUAGCAGAUCACAUUGCAUGCACUGUGUAAUGGUGAAGGGAGAGAAUCUAAUUAAUGGUGAAUGCACAAGAAGCAAGCUAUGGCUUGUUGACCUAGCAGGAAGUGAGAGAAUAGCUAAGACGGAAGUACAGGGCGAAAGGUUAAAAGAAACCCAGAAUAUUAAUAGAUCGCUAUCCGCACUUGGAGACGUGAUAUAUGCUCUUGCUACCAAGAGCCCACAUAUUCCGUUCAGGAACUCCAAGCUUACUCACUUGCUUCAAGACUCUUUAGGAGGAGAUUCAAAGACGUUGAUGUUUGUGCAGAUCAGUCCCAAUGAGAAUGACCUGACCGAGACUUUUUGCUCGUUAAAUUUUGCAAGUAGAGUUAGAGGAAUAGAGCUAGGUCCUGCAAAGAAGCAAAUGGACAGCACUGAGCUCUUCAAGCACAAACAAAUGGUAGAAAAACUUAAACAAGAUUUGAAGAGUAAGGAUUUUCAAGUUAAGAAGAUGGAGGAUUUUAAUCACGGUCUUGAGGUGAAGAUAAAGGAAAAAGACGCGAAAAACAGAAAC